AUGACCUCGAUACGAGAAGUUCUAGAUUCAAAGAAAUAUGUGCCGCCGGCAAAGCUGAAAGCCUUGCUGGAGGAGUCCGAUGUGUCGUACGCAUCCGAAGAGUACCAAAGAUUGCAAUGGGAAAAACUCAAAAAACAGAUAAACGGAGAAAUUAAUAAAGUGAACACAGAGAACAUCAAGGAAGUGGUAUUGGAUCUUUUCAAACUCAACCUCAUCCGAGGCAAGGGUUGGCUUGUACGAUGUUUAAUGAAAUCCCAGGUCUUGUCGCAGGCCUACACGACUGUCUACGCUGCUCUGAUUUGUGUGCUAAAUUCAAAAAUACCAGAACUGGGAGAGCUUCUAGUCACGAGGUUGAUUUUGCAGUUCAGAAAGGCCUACAAAAAUGACGACCGAGAGACUUCGAAGGCGUCUGUGAUUUUUUUGUCUCAACUAGUCAAUUAUCAGGUUUGUCAUGAUAUCGUUGCGUUGCAGCUUUUAUUUUUAUUAUUAGAGCAUCCGACUGAUACUACGGUGGAAAUUGCUUGUGCUCUGCUGCAAAAUUGCGGGCAAUUUCUAUCAGAGAACUCUUCCGUUGCACUUAAUGCCGUUUUUGAGCGUUUGGGUACCAUUCUAACCGAGGAUUUGGUUUCCAAGAGAAUACAAUUGCUCAUACAGGAGGCCUUUAAACAGAGGAAAAACAAUUACGAUGGAGCUCCUGUUAUCGUGGAGGAGCUUGAUCUGGUUGAAGACGAGGAUAAGGUGACGCAUACGCUCAAUCUUGACGAUAAACUGAAAGCGCGUGAAAUACUAAAUACUUUUCAAUUCGAUCAGGAAUAUGAGAAACACGAACAGGCUUAUGAUGAAUUACGAAAGCAAAUCUUAGGAUUUGAGGACGAUAGCUCAUAUGAUGAAGGCGAUGAGGAAAGUGAAGACGACGAAGCAGACGAUGUGGCCAAAGAGCAGAUCCGAGACCUUACAGAGUCGGCACUCACCAACUUCCAGAAAACCGUUUACUUGACAAUGAUGUCCAGUAUCAACCAUGAAGAAGCUGUCCAUAAAUUGCUAAAGCUGCAACCCGUUGAUCCUGAACGAAAGGAGCAAAUGCUAGUGGACAUGAUAGUGAAAUGUUGUGCUCAGGAGAAAACAUACUCUAAGUAUUAUGCCCUGGUUGGCGAAAAGCUCAUCUCUGUGAAUCGCAAUUGGACUAAGGCUUUUGACCAUGUAUUCGUCGACAACUACACAAACUGCCAUCAAUAUGAACUGUCUCUGAUACGAAAUAUAGGAUCCUUCUGGGGACACAUGUUUGCCUCGGACAAGAUGGGCUGGGAGAUAUUGCAAAUUGUGCAACUAACAGAGGAGAGUACUAACAGUGCUAGCAGAAUUUUUCUCAAGUUUCUGUUUGUGAAGUUGCAGGAAGAACUGGGCUUGAAGAAGCUGAAAGUCCGCCUUUCGGAGGAAUAUAUCCAGCCGUACAUCAGUGGUCUUUUUCCGAGCUCUGGAGCCGACAGGUUGCGGUUUUCCAUCAAUUACUUUACCGCAAUUGGUCUAGGUGCGCUCACAGAAGACAUGAGAGAAAUUCUCAACAAUCUACCGGAGAAUGAAGAGAGUGGUGUAGAAGAUGAGAAUGAACGUAAAAGAAAUGCGUCCCCAGAUGAUUGA